AUGGCCACCCAGAAGGACCUGGACAAAAUCCUGGAGGAGACCUAUCUGAAGAAUAAUUUGGAGGAGCCAAAGUGCAGCUCUGAGGGAGAAGAGGGUGACAAAGAUAUGGAUGAGGAGGACGACAAGGAUGAAUUACAUGAAGAGGAGGACCUUGAUGAUGAUGAUGAGGAGAGCUUCAAGCUCAGUGCCAAGCUCACCCAGUACCACAGGGUCCACAACGGGAAGAAGCUGUACAUCUGCUCUGGCUGCGGCAAGAGCUUCACUCGCAGCCUGAUGCUCAUCGCCCACUGGCACAGCCACACUGGGAAGAAGCCCUUCGCCUGCACCGGCUGUGGUAAGAGCUUCCGCCAUGGCUUCAGCUUCCUCCAGCACCGUCGUAUUCACACUGGCGAGAGGCCGCAUGUCUGCGGUGACUGUGGCAAGAGCUUCCAGGGGAGCUCCCUGCUCAUCGCUCACUGGCUUGUCCAUGCUGGCGAGCAACCCUUCACCUGUACUGACUGUGGCAAGAGCUUCAGCGUCAGCUGCCACCUCUUCCGGCACUGCCGCGUCCACACCGGAGAGAAGCCGUACUGCUGCGCCGGCUGUGGUCAGAGAUUCCGUUGGAGCAAGACGCUCAUCACCCACUGGCGUGUCCACAGUGGCCAGAAGCCAUACAGCUGCACCGACUGCGGCAAGAGUUUCAGCUCCAAAUUCAACCUCACCCAGCACCACCGAAUCCACACUGGGGAAAAGCCAUUCCAGUGUGGUAAGUGUGGCAAGAGCUUCACUCGGAAAUUUUCAUUCACCCAGCACCGCUGUGUUCGCAUUGGUGAGAGGCCCUAUGUAUGUGGCGACUGUGGCAAGAGCUUCACUCGGAAAUUUUCAUUCACCCGGCACCGCUGUGUUCGCAUUGGUGAGAGGCCCUAUGUAUGUGGCGACUGUGGCAAGAGCUUCACUCAGAGCUCAACCCUCACCAAGCACCACCGGACCCACACCAACAAGAAGCUGUACCACUGUGCUAAGAGUGGCAAGACCUUCAGCUCCGAGUCCACCCUCACCAAGCAACGCCACACCCACACUGGUGAAAAGCAACACCAGUGUGCUGACUGUGGCAAGAAUUUCACCUACAGGUUCCUUCUCACUCGGCACCGCCGCACCCACACCGGUGAGAGGCCUUACAUCUGUGGUGUAUGCAGCAAAAGCUUCUUUGACAACUCGUCUCUCACCAAACACUGCCGCAUCCACACUGGUGAGAAACCCUUCAUCUGUGCUGACUGUGGCAAGAGGUUCGGCAGCAGAUUCCAUCUCACGCAGCACCACCGUGUGCACACAGGUGAGAAGCCCUUCACCUGCACUGACUGCGGCAAAAGCUUCACUCAGAGCUUCAAACUAACCGAGCACCGCUACAUCCACACCAGUGGGGAACUGUGCCGCUGUGCUGAGUGUGGAAAAAGCUUCAGCUCCAACUUCAACCUCAGGCAGCACCAGCGUGUGCACACUGGUGAGAGGCCAUACAUCUGUGGUGACUGCAAUAAAAGCUUUGUUCAUAAGUCUGACCUCACCCAGCACCGCCAUACUCACACAGGUGAGAGGCCAUAUGUCUGCGGUGACUGUGGUAAAACCUUCGCUUGGAGGUCCAGCCUCAUCCGGCACUGCCAGACCCACUCUGGUCUGAAGCCCUUCACUUGUGCCUACUGUGGUAAGAGCUUCAGCCACAGAUCCCAUCUAGGCCGGCAUAUUCAAAUCCACACCAGGUGACCAGCCCACACCAGGGCACACAGAAAUACAUUGACCCUAGCACUGUCAGGUAAGCGUCACCCCCCCCGGGGGUCGUUUUCCACCAGAUUGAACUGAAGUCAUCUCUUUUACUCCUGCUUUUCUCAGAAGCAAAUGUUCCUCUGCCCUCUGAGCUCUAAUUAGUGCUGAUGAGAAUAAUUGCAGUUAGUCAGCACAGCCAGUGCCACCACUGCAGGUGGACUGGGAUUUGGCUGUUUGUUCCCCAACACUUUGUGUUUCCUCCCAACUGUAAUGAAAAAACCCCAAA